UACUUCAUCCGGAAUGUACAAGACGCAUUUCCAGUCUGAGACUGCGGUUGUUUCAGCAUCUUGUGAAACAGGCAUGGAGACGGCAUGGAGACGCACAGCCAAAGCGCAUUUUAUCUGGACAUGUGUAGCGCUGCUCGUUGUUAUCAUUGCAUCGUGCUUGACAUAUGUCUUCAUGUCGAUGGUGCCGACAUGCCACAAAAUCAACAUCGUCAAUGCUUCUUCAAUCGAUCUGACAACCGCUGCGAUGGGACGUCAACCCUCUCGACAACAUUAUCUUUUUAAAGUUAAGAAAUGCAGUCAGGCAGAUAAUCAUCUGAUCUGGACUGACGAAUGGGAUGAAAACAAUUAUGAGAACAAUGAUAUAUUGGAUGACACCAAGAAGUGGAUAGUCAUAAAAGAGAAGGGUGUUUACCUGUUCUACAUGCAGGCCAACUUCCAGCUAAAUGCAACUUCAAUUCUACUUCAAACGAACAGCACCAAAGUGGACCUCAAACUUCGUGUGAUUUUCCAUUAUGGUGAAGGAACAGAGACAUUUGCAGCGGCACAUGACACUCAGACGGUGAGUGCCGGGAUGCAAGAUGCGAAGCUCAACACUUUCCUCAAGAUGGACUUGAACAUCAGCAGCAAAUUGUCAGUGCAAGCGUAUCCGUGUAACAUGGUGACCAAUAGCCCAAAACCCUUCUCCACCUACAUCACUCUCAUUAAAUGGUCAGAUGACUGGUAGAUUGUGGAGCAUGGGUGGGAAUGUUACAUUUAGGGCCUCACGUCCAGUUUUGACCAUGGUGACUAUUCUUGCAGUUUAUAUUCUUAAGUUGUAAAAUUUCAAUAUUCAUGAAGCAGUAUCGAGAUCAGCUGCUGCUCGUACUGUAUGACGCCUGAGAUCAUUCAGCUGUUGAACUAGGAAAUGCGCGUUGACAUUAACAACACUUGCGUAGGGGUUGUGAGACUUUCUUAGUGUUUUUUCCCUUUCAUUUCCUUUCGAAACAUGAAGAUCACAUCUCAUGAUCUUCUCAGAAGCAUGACACAUUUUCCCUUCAAGAGAUAUAUGAGAGUGAGUUUUGUUUUGUUGCAGUUUUUAAUGAGUCAAUAUGAAAAAAUGACAUGAUAUACUGUUUAUGAUCACUGACUCUGAAGAGACAUGUGAUAGUCGCCUGCAAAAUGUUUAUCACAAAACAGCAGUAAGCUAAUUCUAAGCAAGUAGUUUUCAGGUAAAUGCAUCCUGGUAUGUAACCAUAUAUUAUUUAAUCAUCGACAGCCGAAUGUAAAAUCGUCAAAUCACAUAGUGCCAAUUAUAAAACCGAUUAUUGUGCCAUAAAUGAGCUACAGAACUACACUUUAUUUACAUGUUACUUUCUAAAAAAAAAAAAAAAAAAUGCUUAAAAGGUCCUUCAUAGGGAUGCCAUAGAAGAACCAUUUCUUUACCUGUUUUAUAAUCUCUCUUUCACUAUGAAGAUCCUUUUUUGAUUUAGACUAUUAAAAUGAUUUUGAUCUAGACAGAAAUGGUUCUUUUAUGGCAUCGUGAAGCACCUUCAUUUUUAGGUGUGUAAAUCAAGAAAUUCAGACGUACUUCUCCACAUUGGAAUUCCAUCUGGAUGACAUCCAGAUCUUUGGUGUUUUCUAGGGAGUGGUGAAUUUUUUGAAAUACUGAUGCAUAUAUCGGUUAGCACUAGUGACAAAGCACUAGUGAGUUACACUAACCCAACUAAUUCAAUUAGUCAAGCAAGCCAUAUGAAGCUGAACAACAUUGAUUGAGAAUAAGACACUGGAAUGUUUUUUUUCAGCAGCUAUGUUUUUAUGCCAUAUAAUUUUAUAUUUAAAUGUUCAAAGUUAGCUGGUCAUAUUUAUGUAAGAAUUUAAAUGUAACAAUUUAUAUAACAAAAAAAACAAUAUAUUAACAUUUAUAUAAAAAUGCUGAAUUAAGUGAAUUCUGUUAAGAUGGAAAAUAUGUUUUGUAUUGCUUACACUGUAAAAUAUUUCUUUAAAAAUUACAGUAUUGCUGGGUAUUACUGGCAACUAGCUGCCAGUAACUUACUGUAGAUUUUACAUUUAUGUUAUUUACUCAGAACACUUUGUUCAAAGUUAAAUGAACAUGAAACUUUUUCAGUCUUUAUCUUCUACAGUAAGUUACUGGCAACCAGUUGCAUAAUUACAGCUAAUUUUUUACAGUGUAGUUUUGUUUUCAAAGCCUUGAGUGAAUAUAGUAGGAAAUUGUAUACCUUGUAUAUAAUUGUUCAUCCUGAGUGUCAAAAAGACUACUUUAUUACUGUUCUCAAAUAUAUAUUUAUAUUCUAUUUUAUUUUUUUAUUUAAACUAUUAAUAAUAAAUAAAAUUGGUCCCUCUGCUUUAAAUGUGUGUAAACAUCAUUAUUAAACUCAAGAAAAACAUUGUUUGCCUUAGAUAUUU